AUGAAAAAGAACUCGGAUAAUAUCAACACAGUGUCGGUGUUGGAACGACGCGGGUAUUUGCUCAGAGAGACAAUUGGCGAGGGCACGUUCGCGAAAGUCAAGUUAGCAAUAUGCACCAAAAGAAACCAGAAGGUGGCCAUCAAAGUAUUGUCCAAGAAAAACUGCGACCUGUACAACAAAGACGACCGGACAACGGCAAUGAUCAAACGGGAAGUGUACACGGUCAAAGGAUUGAAACAUCCGAACAUUGUCAGAUACUACGAAGCCAUCGAGACCACGACCAGGGUAUGUAUCGUCAUGGAAUACAUGGGCAAGGGAAGUUUAUUGGACUUACUAAGGCGUGAAAUCAACGUGUCGGAGGAUACAGCGCGAAAAUGGUUUGGUCAGAUUUUGGACGCGUUGUCGUACAUACACAAACGUGGAAUAGUUCACAGAGACAUAAAAUGCGAAAACGUCAUGUUGGACGAUUUGGGUCAGAACGUUAAACUAGUGGACUUCGGCUUGGCCAGGGAUAAGAUGUUGGACUCGAACAAACAAUUCAUAAAAAGCUCUACGUUUUGCGGUAGUUUUGCAUAUUCGUCACCAGAGCUCUUGCGAGGUCUGCCCCAUCGACAGAACAUGUCUGACCUGUGGGCCGCCUCGGUAGUCAUGUACGCCAUGCUUUACGGACAGUUACCAUUCCGGGACGAUAAUCCCAAUAUCGAAAUACAAAACAAAAAAAUUAAAGAACCAUCUGACAUGGAAACUGAUGUAGAAGCUGACCAAGAACCCAACGAGGAAACUGACAUUCAACUUAAGCCAUUAAAGGUUUUCACAUAG